AUGCCCUCUUCUCAGUCACCUCGACGCAAAGGCCUGAGACCACGGCCACGGAUGACCAGCUCAAAACGCCCAAAAAGACCUCGAGGCCGGAAGAAUGUCCUUGCGUACCAGCCGCUUGGUGAGAACGAGCUUCGACUGGUCAAACUUAGCACAUUGGCAACAUCAGGUCGCAAAUUCGUCCAGGCUUUCGAGCUGACCCUGCAGCAGUUCAAGCUUGCAACUGCUCCUCCAUACUUUGCUUUGUCUUACGUGUGGGGUGACCCUAGCAAGCUCGCUCCCAUAUGCAUAGAUGGCAUUCAGCUGGACGUCACACUGAACCUUCGUCAGGCCUUGGUACACAUCAAUCAGGUGGCCGAUCAACUGUGCGAUGGCCUGGCACGAACACUGGAACGGGGGACCACCGAGCUCUACAUCUGGAUCGACGCAAUCUGUCUGAACCAGGCUGACAUACUCGAGAAGUCACGGCAGGUCCCUCGCAUGGGCAGCAUCUACGCCUCAGCUUUCACAACGCUGAUUUGGCUGGGCACUGUUGAGGAGACGCUAGGCCCCAGUCGAGCAUCGCUUCUCACCACCCACGAAAAGGUUCCCAUAGAGGGAGUGGACAUACUACAGGAGACCGUAGAAGCUGAUCUGAUAGCACUCUGUCACUUUCUCAAGACGAACAUCCAUCCGCUGGAUGUUGGGUGCGAGCGAAUCGACGAUCCACCAGAUCUGCCAUCAUGGGACCUUUUCUCUCCGCAACAUCUCGGCCUUGUCUGGGCCUUGUUCGCUGUUAUGAAGUCGCCCUGGUUCGACAGAAGCUGGGUGACUCAAGAAUUCUGCCUCAGCCAGCGAGAGCCCAUUGCGCUGGUGGGCCAGCACAUGCUGUUCAUGAGGGCCCUCCACAUUCUUCGAACGCAUUGCGGCUCGCCAGAGUACACGGACUACUCAAAAGCUGAAAGAGGCAUGUUAGGGUUGGAAACAACUGUCGUGCAACAGAUGAAUGAGAAGUUCAACGUCACUUACCUUCCCGGACAGAUCUCCUCCCUCGACUUUCAAACGGCGUCGCCUGCCGAUCAGCUGCUAAGCGUCCUCCUCCACCAAAGUCGCAAGGCGGCGGCAUUGCCGCAAGAUAGGAUCUACAGUGUUCUGGGCUUGAUCAAUGCCGCCAAGCUGCCAGCCAACCUGACGCCGGACUACCAACUAUCGCAUCACCAGGUCUUCCAAGAUUACACCCGCUUCUUGAUCUCCGAGACACGAGAUCUGCAGCUCUUGUCCUUUCCAUCCCCGCUCGAUCAGCCGAGUUGGGUGUUUCGUUUCGCAAGGGAUGAAGCCCCGGUCACGACACCAGAAGUAUUCCACUCAGGCCACUUCACCGCCGACGGCUUGGGCCUUGUUGUCGACGCCACAAUGCUAGCCCGCGUCGCAGUCUUCUUACCAUGUCCAACACCUCCCGACACAGAAGGGAAGCUACAAAUCAUCCACGACGAGUAUAUCCCCGCCGCAGCGCAAUACUUCGGCGUCGCUCCUGAAGUCGAAUGGCGCGACUGGAUCGAAGCACGAAUCAACUACUUCUUCUACGACGACGAUGACAACGAAGGCAUCAUGAUGGCGGAAGAAGCCGCCACCGUGCAGGAGCUGGUGCAAGUGCUCGCCGAACGCAGCGUCUUGCUCACCGAGCUCAGUGAUGUCUCUUAUUGCAUCCUUGACACUGGAGAAGGAGACGAUGCUUAUCUAGACGACAGGGCGAGGGGAGAAGCGUACGAGGCGUCUAGGCUGGAGGUGUGGGCCAUCAAGGGUGGGGAUGCGCGUUUCUUGCUGGAAAAGACGAGGGAGACCGAGGGGGUGUAUAGGAAAGUUGGGCGCAUGACGGGAUAUCCUAAGCUCGACGCUGCUUAUUUUGCUGAGCGGAAGGUGGAGAGGAUCACGCUGGUGUAA